AUGGUCAGGAUUCGAGACGCAUCGCAGAAGCCAAUGAGCAACGACUACCAAUGUCAACACCCACCCUACAAAGUCUCAAUCAUAUCAAAAUCACCAACAGUACUCUACUUGCACGACUUCAUCACCCCAGAAGAAAGAGCCCAUCUCCAAGAAGUGACAAAGGACAGCUUCCUCCACUCAGGCGUAGCCGGAGCCAGCGGAGAGCACACCAUCAACAGCGUGCGAACAUCCCAGUCCACCUCCGUCGCCCGGGACGCCACAGUCCACUGCAUAGAGCAGAGAGCCCUGGCCUUCCAGGGCCACAGCGUCCCCGCCGACCACCUCGAGCCCCUGCAGCUCGUCAAGUACGGCGCUGGAGAGCAGUACCGGUACCACACGGACUGGUUCACGAACCCGGCCAACGCGGUGGCCAGCGUGGGAGGGAACCGCGUGUCGUCUUUCUUCGCGUACGUGCACGUGUCGAAUGACACGACCGGAGGCGGCACGAACUUCCCGCUUCUUGAGGCGCCGAGGGAUGAGAGGUGGUGCGAGGUUGUGGACUGUGACGCGCCGUAUGAAGAGGGCGUUACUUUUCGCCCUGUCGAGGGGAACGCGGUGUAUUGGGAGAAUUUGUUCCCGAAUGGCGUAGGCGACGAGAGGACAUUGCACGCUGGAUUGCCCGUGACAACGGGACAGAAGAUUGGGAUGAAUAUUUGGACUAGGCAAGCACCGUUGAGUGAAGACAUCAGAGGCAAAGACUGA